AUGCAGCUCACUCCGGAAGAACAAAGGGAUCUAGAGGAGUUGUUGUCACGCACCCCUAGUCUCAACGAGAAUCUCACGUCUCUGCUACGAAGACUUCAAGACCAGCAACCCACUGCACAGCUUGCUGAACACCUGACUGACUGUCAGGAAAGACGGUCAAGUCUUGACAGGCUGGCUGACGUUGCGCUGAGUCAGGAGAACACGUCACAGUACCUUGACGACGCAGAGCUUGCUCAGGCCCAGACUCACUGCCAAAAUCUGGACGAGUCGGAAGGGGAUCAAGUUCUUUCUAAUGGGACCGUUUGUGGCCCCCAGCGGCAAACAAGAUCCUCUCGUCGUGCCCGCGAGGAAGCUCACCCGUACGCCCCUCAGCUGGAGGCAAAUACUGUCGUAGCAAACCGGCUUGAAAAGCCUGAUGGUCACGAACGUGCUCGAAGACUGCUACGUCAGCGACCGCAGCAUCGCCUCCCACCUUGCCCCCGAGGUGGUAUCCAGUUCGUCCCGAUCAAUUCUGCGAUGGAUGCCAAUAACUCUGCGACGGAGUCCGAGGAAGCGCAGACACGGCAGUGGGAAAACACCUCUGAACCGGCUCUUACCACAGGGGCCGCUGUGCAUAAGUACACAUCCCUCCUCACGUCAGAUCUCAGCCACAGGAGGCUCCUUGACGUGUGCAGAGCAGUACAGGCAAGUGUGACGGAGCUGCAGGGGGCGCCGGUUCGCCAGGACGAAUCACUGCGCUCUCUGGUAGCCAGAUGCGCCUGCAGCCUGAAGCUGGAUGCUGCCGCCAGCUUCUGGCUGAUGAUCAGUCACAUAAGGCUCGCCUUUAGAGUGGCAAGGAUACUUGAGUUAGAUAACGGGAAAUCUGACGAAGGCAAACUCACCGUGGCGGGAAUUUGGCGGAGAGAAUUUGAAGGUGUCGAGGGUGCCCCAGAGAAGAGGACGUUUCAGGACUGGAACACUACCGGCGUGAAGUUCGCGCGACUCGCCGGAGGAGGCUCUAUCUAUCUUCUGGUGCUAGUAGCAGCCCAGAAUCUCCGAGUACCUCUGGCUACCGCCAACGCACACAUCGCACAAGACUUCGGUAAUCUCCUGAGGUGGCCUGACGAUUCAAGAACCGGACGGCUCGUCAAAGAUGUCAUAAUCCCCGCAGUAGCUCGUCUGCGAGAACUGUGCCCGAUUCGUCUUGACUGUAUCCUGCCGGCAGCUCCCCAACCUGGAGUGUCAAGAUCGCAUUUUCCGCCUGAUCUGUGCGGCCAUCUUGACGCAUCUGAUUGCGUAUUUGAAUCCUGGAAAUUGAACUCCUUUUCUCUGGUGCCACGAAACAGAGACGUCUGGAGAUCGUGCUACGAUGAGUGCGACACCAGCAACGCAUUCACAAAUGCCUUGAUAGACGAACUAGGGCCGUUAUCACCGCUGACACCGAUUGACUCUCCCGUCCCUCCAGACAUCAGGAAAAACACUGUGGUCACCAAACAGAUUGACCGAAUUCCAAACACACCUGAACCAAGCUCAACAUGUCUGAGAGGUGUUUCAGGGAACUAUACGCCAUUCAGACAGAUUAAUGGCGCGUCGGGUAUACUGUGA